AUGAGUGACAUCGAGAAGACGCCUGCUCAGGUGUCGGAGCCUCCCGCGGCCGCGGAACCUGGCACCAGUACGAAAAUAAGCAAGGUCAUGGGCUUCGUCAAAGGGACCACAACAAACGACCUCAAUGUCUUGGGGAAGGACAUGUUGCAGAAGGCCUUGGAGCAUGAUGAGGCGCAACUGGAACGCGACUCGAUCAAAGUCCGGAGAAAGUUGGAUUUCAUAGUGCUUCCGAUGAUGAUGUGCACGUACAUGUUGAGUUUCUUGGACAAGCAAACACUCAACUAUUCCAAUGCAUACGGUCUUCAAGCAGACACACAUAUGAAGGGAGACGAUUAUUCAUGGGUGGCUUCUGCCUUGUACUUUGGUUGGUUGCUUGGUGCAUAUCCGUGGAACAUCAUCCUGCAGCGCUACCCCAUUGGCAAAUUGCUGGGAUACAUGUUGUUCAUCUGGGGCGCAGUUUGCAUGUUGCAAGCCGCGGUCUUCAACUUUAGCGGCUUCUUCGCCAUCCGAUUCUUCCUCGGCAUGCUCGAGGCUUGCAUCUCGCCUGCAUUUGUCAUUCUCACGUCUAUGCUAUGGACGAGAGAGGAGCAAGCACUCCGAACAUCGUUCUGGUUGUCAACAAAUGGUGUUUCUUCUAUUCUGGGCGCGCUCCUUGCUUACGGGUCCGGUAAUGCCGAUGGCCUUGCGGUGCCCAACUGGAAGUUGAUCUAUCUGAUUGUCGGCGCCCUCACGUUCGCAUGGGGCUUUGUUAUCCUCUUCUAUCUUCCCGAUGGCCCUCACAAUGCCAAAAUGCUCAACGAGUAUGAGCGCAUGGUGGCUGUAUGGAGAGUUUCCAAGAACCAGAUGGGUAUCAAACACCAAACCUUCGUACCCUAUCACAUCAAGGAAGCACUCCUGGACGGAAAGACCUACCUUCUUUUGCUGAUGGGUGUCUGUACCGGUAUUUUGAACGGUGGUGUCGCCAACUUCGCAUCUGCCUUGAUCAAAGGAUUCGGUUUCGACGCCUUGAGAACAAGUCUUCUCCAAACGCCAGGUGGUGCAUUCGAGCUUAUUGGAUGCAUGUUCUUCGGAUGGGUUGCAACCAAAAAGAACAUGCUUGGUGCCAGUGUGAUCAUUUCAUCACUUCCUGGAAUCGCCGGACUUAUUGGUCUGUUGACAAUUAGCAUCAAACAUCGUUACGCCCUGGUGGCCAUGUGUUGGCUCCAAAACGUCCUCGGCGCACCCAUCAUUCUAGGCUGGACUCUCCCAGGUGUCAACACGGCAGGUCAUACCAAGCGGACGACGGUCAUCGGUCUCUUCUUUUGCUUCUACUGUGGGGGAAACAUUAUCGGGCCUCAUUUAUUUUUGCCUGACGAGGUUCCUCGGUAUUUCACCGCCAUCAAGGGCCUGUUGGGUACUUACUGCGCCCUGAUCUUCUUCCAGGUCAUCUACACAUCAUGGUGCUGGUUCGACAAUCGAGCUCGAGAUAAGAAAGGUCUGCAUGCCCAGAGGGUGGAAGAGCUGUUUGAAGGUUUUGACGAUUUGACGGAUAAACAAAACGUGCAUUUCCGAUACAAGUUGUGA